AUGACCUCUACGACGACCACCACAAUGAAAGCCCUUCGCCAACACAGGCAGUACGAACCCCUCGUGGUCGAAGAGGUAGCCAUUCCCACCGCUGAGCCUGGCUCUGCCGUCCUGGAGGUUCUCGCAGCUGGUGUCAUAUCGUAUACAAGAGACGUCUACGAUGGGACACGCAAAUAUCCCUAUGUCACCCCAUUGACCACUGGCAGCAGCGCCAUUGGCCGCAUCCAUGCAGUCGGCCCGGACUCGACGAAGCUCCAAAAAGGUCAACUGGUGUUGUUCGACAUUACGGUCCGCUCCCGGGACGAUUCUUCUCAUGUGUUCCUGAGUGCCAUCAUCAGCGGCUUCACCGAGGGAAGCAGAAAGCUUAUGCAGCAUUGGGCUGACGGCACAUACGCGGAGUACGUCAAAGCCCCACUGGAGAAUGUAUUCGCCUUAGACGAGGCGAGGCUGAUGGGCGAGCUUGGGUACAAGAUCCCCGAUCUCCUGAGUAUGACCAGAUUGCUUGUGCCUUGGGGCGGACUGAUCGACAUCAACUUGGCACCAGGCGAGACAGUCGUCGUCGCGCCAGCAACAGGUUCGUUCGGCACAGGUGCGGUUCAGCUCGCGCUUGCUAUGGGUGCAAGAGUCAUCGCUAUGGGCCGGAACGCUAGGGUCCUGGCGCAGUUGCGGGAAAAGUUCAGUGAGCAAUAUCCUGCUGAUCGUCUGUUGACUGUUCCCAUCACCGGCAAUCUGGAGGAGGAAAUGACUGCGCUCAAGGCUGCCGCAGGUACCCGGCCAAUCGACGCAUUUUACGACAUCAGUCCCGAUGCUGCGACCAAUGCAACGUACUUCAAGGCCGCUAUCAUGUCGCUCCGGCACUCGGGACGGAUCAGCCUUAUGGGCGGCCAGAGAAGUGAGGAUGUCAAGAUCCCAUACCACCGUGUGAUGCAUUGGAAUCUACAGCUAAAAGGCAAGUGGAUGUAUGAGAGGGAGGACGUGCCAAAAUUCCUUCGUUUGGUCGAGGCAGGCAAUCUGAGCCUCGGUGGUCGUGCUGGAGCUGCAGCUGUGAAGGAAUUCAGCUUAGAACAGUGGAAGGAGGCUUUUGAUUAUGCGUCGGAGCAUGCUUCAGAUGGUCAGGGCACUUGCCUCGUGCCAGCCAAAGCUUAA